UAAUGUUCACGCUAAGAUUAUGUCCGUCUGCUAUAAUCCUUAUUAAUUACUAAUACUGUAAUGUGGAAUUCACUUGUCAGUCUACGGUGAACUGUGAAACAUGCAACACUUGUACGUGAUCGGUCUCCUACUAGCCCUGGGAUAUGUCCAGGGCGAGCCAAUACGUCAGCCAGCCGAACCUGCCUACAUCGAGGAUGUUCGUAGCGCUUCCAACUCCAACUCCCGCAUCGUGGCGGGAUGGGAGGCUGAGGAUGGCCAGAUUCCCCACCAGGUGAGCCUGCGCAUGGUGAGCGGCGCCGGCGGCGUCUCCUCCUGCGGGGGCUCCGUUAUUCACAACAAUUGGGUCAUUACUGCCGCCCACUGCGCUAGCAACCGCUUCACAUUCGUGAUCCGCGCUGGUCUGACCAAUCUGACUCGGCCACAGUACUUGAUUGAGAGCACGCGCGCUUAUUUGCACCCUGCUUACAUCGUGGGCGGCCCCGUCCAGACAGACGACAUUGCAUUGAUUGGAAUCGACAAUCCCAUACCUUACGGCCCCUACGUGCAGCCAUGCCGCCUUCAGAACAGCGCCCAGCGCAACCUGGACUACACCGGAGUGGUGCUCACCGUCAGUGGCUACGGACGUACUGACGACCCAUGGAACGGUGGCACAGUGUCAGAAGUUCUCCGCUGGGUGUUCCUGAGAGGCAUCUCCAACGCGGAGUGCCGCACCUGGUACUCUGGUAACGUCGUGCAGGACAGGACCAUCUGCGCUGAGUACUACAAUGACACCGCACAAUCUUCCUGCCAGGGCGAUAGCGGUGGUCCUCUCACAGUGGUCGACGAGGAUGGUCAAAUCACCAUGGUGGGUAUUGUGAGCUUCGGUUCCUCCGCCGGCUGCAACAGUCCGUUCCCAUCAGCGUACGUCCGUCCCGGUCACUACCACGAAUGGAUCGCUGAAGUGACCGGCAUCAACUUCGACUGGAGUUUAGAUGACGCAAAACUCAAGUCCAUCAGUCUCGAACUUCCCGCCGAGCCUAAACAAAUCGACACACCCAUUGUAGUCGAUGCAUAGACGAAGCAAACACAUCACGAUGCAAAUGUUCUCAUUUUAUCAUAUUAAAGCAUAUUUGUCACAUUACGAAGCAAAUGUGUCACAGUUGGUCCUGUUAUGAAGCAAAUAUGUCAUAUUUGGUCAUUUACGAAGCAAAUGUGUCACAUUUUCAUUUUUGUUUGUCGACAAUCGUGUUCACUUAUAUAGUUCAAAUAAAUUAAUUAGAUACAAUAGUUAA